CCCGAGGUGGCAGGGAAGCGGGGGGCGGCGGCCCGCCCGCGCCAUGUCAGCGGAGGGGCAGCCUCCCUCGGGCCGAGGCGGCGAGGGCAUCAAGUUGUCAGCAGAGGUCAAACCAUUUGUUCCAAAACAUGCGGCGGUAACCGUGGCAUGGUCAGAACCCUCAGAAGCAUGUGUCUUUCCUAAGUACUUAACUACAUGCUACCCAUUUGUUCAGGAACCAUCUCUGGAUAAGCAACAAGUAUAUGCUGAAGAUUUGCCCUGGGAUGACUUCUCAUCUCUUUCUCAAUGUCCAUCACAUAGUGUUCUGGGAGAUCCUGCCUUCCGUGAAUACUCCAGCUGCUCUUACUCACCUGAUGUCAUUUCAAAUGUAUAUCCUGUAGCUGGCUCACAAUAUCAUUCUAACAACUCAACACACUGUAAUGGUUCAGGAACAGUCAGUGAAUCUGCUGAGCAAACGUAUCCAAUCAGACAAGAGAGUAAGAAUCUUUCAAAGCAGAGGAGAUCAAAAGAGGGUGAGAAAAAAUUAGACAAGAAAAGGCAUGAUGGAGAUGACUCUUCUGUCAGAAUUGUGAACAGGACUUCGUUCCAGACCUCCGCAUGCAGCAGAGAUUCUGUGAAGCCAGACAGGUUCAAUAAAACUACAAACAAGAAGUCAACUCAAACUCCAAAACCAGAGUCUCUUCCUGUACCCACAUUUGAAGCUACCAUUCUGGAUUUCCACAAGUCACAGAGUUUGGGAAGCAGUGACAUAUUGAAUGUACAGCAUAAAAGUGGACCAAUAUGUGCAGCGGAAAGUAACAUUGCAUGCCUUAGUCAACCACAGAUGUCUCUUUUGUUGAAUACGGAGAAAGAUACUUCUGCAGAAAGCAAAGCUUCAUCAAAAACUUUAGAUGAAACAGUAGCCACCUUAAUUCCCUCUUCAUUUGAUGGUAGAGCGGCAUUUCCUGAAACACCUGCAGAUGGCUCUGCUCAGCCACAUGUGUCUUGGGCUAUGGUACUUUCACAGCCCCCAAAGAAAAUUGUGUCAUCACCAGCAUCUGAAGGUCUUUCCAGAGACAAAGGGAAGCAGGAUAGUGAAGCAAAGCAGUCAGAAACAAAAAAUGAUGCUAGUGAAACUGAGCCUGAAGAAGGGUCAGAAAAGAAGAAAAAAAAGAAGAAAAAGAAGAAAAAACCAAAGUCACACACUGAUGUAGAGAAACCUCAAAAUGAACCUACUAAAGUACAGGAACCACCAAGGAUUGAGGAUGCUGAGGAGUUUCCUGAUCUGGCAGCUGCUUCUGACAGGAGAAACAGGCUAGGAUCUCAGAAAUCAUCAUUUACUCCUUCUGUCAGAAAGCAACCUGAAAUCCAUCUCCCCGAAGAGCCUUGGGUUAGUCGGUCUCCCACACUGGAUGGAACUCCCAAGGUGGUGGAUGGACUGUCAGGGAAGCAAGCUUCAUCUUCUGUGUUAGAAAGAAAGAAAAUGCAGGAAACAUCCAGGAGCAGUGGUAAGAAGAGUCAAAUUCCCGUGCAAUUGGAUUUGGGUGGCAUGCUGGCAGUCUUGGAGCAGAAGCAGCAAACGGAGAAGUCAAAACAGUCUUCUAAACCUGUGGUGCUUUCAGGCAAGAGCACAGUUCACAAGAUACAAGAGAAAAUGAAGGUUCUUUUAAAAAACAUUUUAAAAGCAUGGCAAUCUAAAUUGUUUGGAGGAAGACUUGGGAAAAGAAAAAUCCUCAGGACAAUAAUUUGUAAAAUACCUUAUAUAAAUAUGAGAGUUGGUGGUGCCAUACCAUUGCUUUCUAAAGAACCUGCUACAGCCACAAAAAGUCACCGGUUAAACCAAGGAAAGAUGCCUCAUAACCCUUUGGAUUCCAGCGCUCCUUUGGUAAAGAAAGGGAAACAGAGAGAAGUCCCUAAAGCAAAGAGACCAACACCUCUUAAAAAGAUUAUUCUGAAAGAAAGAGAACAACGAAAACAGCAACACCUGUUAGAACAGACAGCAGUACCAAAAGAUGAAGAUAAUAUUUGUCAGUCCACAGAAAAUAUUACUGAAGAUGAAACGCUUCUACAGGAUAGUCAAGCAGCUGUUCCUGCAGCACAAGUUGCUGAAGGGUUUCUGGAGAACACAGGGAUCAAGGACUCAACAGAAAGUUCUAUGACUUCAAAGCAGCUAACCUUUAGUCUUCCAAAAAUCCAUAGUAGGAAUUUUAGAGAUUAUUGCAGCCAGGUACUUAGUAAAGAAGUUGACAGUUGUGUGACAGAUCUCUUAAAAGAACUGGUUCGUUUCCAAGAUCGCUUGUAUCAGAAAGACCCAGUAAAGGCCAAGAUAAAACGCAGGCUUGUUAUGGGUCUUAGAGAAGUUUUGAAACAUCUGAAGCUGAAAAAACUGAAGUGUGUCAUCAUCUCUCCUAACUGUGAAAAGAUUCAGUCAAAGGGUGGUUUGGAUGAGACUCUACACAACAUUAUUGACUGUGCCUGUGAACAGAAUAUCCCAUUUGUUUUUGCCCUUAAUCGCAAGGCUCUGGGCCGCUGUGUAAACAAAGCAGUGCCUGUGAGCGUGGUGGGAAUUUUUAGCUAUGAUGGGGCUCAGGACCAUUUUCAUAGAAUGGUACAACUGACAACAGAGGCCAGGAAGGCCUACAAAGAUAUGAUAGCAGCUUUAGAGGAAGAAGCUGAAGGAGGACUAAGAGAAACCCAACCCAGCAUCUUGACCACUGAUUAUGAAAAAAAUGGCUUAUCAGAAACUGUUAAAACAUCUUCCAAGGACUCUGAUGAGGAUGUACCACAUUAUAUUAAAAUCUGGAAGAGAAAACUUGAAGAAGAGUAUAACCCGUAUGCACUGGAACUGGAAAAGAGUGCAGCUGCUGACAUGGUGAUAGUGAAUUCAGAAGAGCAUCAGUAAAUCCAGAUCCAAUUCUAUUGGGGCUUUUAAUAUUUUUUUUUUUAGACCCCUAGGAAGAGGGUAGCAAAAUAAAAUAAUUUUCAGAAGUAUCUGAAGUCAGCCAAGUAAACUGUUCUGAAUCCAUUUAAUCAAAAUACACACUGCAGCACAUGAGGCACUGGCUAAUGCUUUUACAUUUUAUGUAUUUGGCUGAACACUAUAGCAGAUGACAACAGCAAAUUGUCUUAGCCCCGAACCACUUGAACGAGCCUGGCAUACUGCAGUGGUUGGCAUACUUCAGUGGUUUUAUGGACUAGCAUUGAUUUGUUAGUGAUUAGAAUUUGCUAACACUAACUUAGUUAGUGUUAGAACUUGCUAGAAUGAUAAUUUUAUUUGGGAAGAGAUUCUGUGAGCCAGAACAUUGGGGCUUGCAGGGGUUUGCUUUUUAUUUUUAACUCGUUUAAAGAACUUUAACUGGUUUUUGCUAGUGGGUUUGGUUUUGUUUCUUCUAAAUAAACCUCCUCAGGUGGGCAGGCUGGCAUCAAAGUAAUUUUCUUCCAGUCAACAAGAAAUUAAUUUUCGGCAGGCAGCUUGAUUGAAACUAAUUAAGGAAGGCCAUGAUGACAAAGUUCCCAGUUAGCUCUUCUGUGUGAUAUUUUGUUCUUCUGGGAUCAUACGGCAGGUGUAAAGGAGAGAGCAUGGACUACAAAGGUCUGAAAUUUCUGCAGUGAAAAUGCUCUGUUUAGAAAUAUUAUAAAGUUGAUUGAGUGUAUAAUGAUGAUGUUUCUGCUGCUACUGAGACUAAUUUAUCAUAGGUCCUGCUUCGAUGUUUCUGAUGCUACUGAGCCUAGUUUAUCAUAGGUCUUGCUUUGAAGUUAGAAGACAUUGAAGGACAGCAAAUAUGCCAGCCUGCUAUCCUAUCUGUACCUUCUCCAUGCGAACAGACUCCUCAUUCCUUCAGUUUGGGGUUGUGUUGGUAUGUAUGUGUAAGAAUUUUUGAUCAAUCUCAGUUUGUAUCUAAGGUAGGGAAAAUUUGUAUCUUACAGGAAACAAAAUUUUUAUCUUACAGGAAAUAAAAAUUGUAUCUUAUAGGAAAUAAAAAUUGUAUCUUACAGCAAAUAAAAUUUUAAAAACAAAAUGUGCUUAUAAUGGUGGUGGAGCACCUUAGUGGGAAUGUCCUGUACAAAUACCAUUAUUUACAAGUUGCAGACAUAAGAGGGCAAGCAUAAAGACAGUAAUUGGAGGAUGCACAUGUAACCUCUGUCACCUGUUCUGGAAGAUGAUACAGAUGCCAUGUGCUGCUGCCAGCAUCACUGAAGCAUGUCUGUAAGUGCUUCACCACAUUGAACAUUUGUAGUGCAAUACUUUGGAAAGUAGCUGCCUUCUGAAGUUAGAAGUGAUAAAUAAUUAAAUAAUUUUGAAAUUCAAACAA